CGGGCGGUCCACGUGGUUACUUCUUCCCCCGACUGGGAUUCUCAUCUCUCGCGGAGUGAUGGGCUUUGACAGUACUCGAUCAUUUUUUUCGUUCGUGUUGUACUGGAGAAUGAGAGAGUGAGCGGACAUCAACGCGCGUGGUUAGCGAAAUAAAUUGACAAAAUGUGCAAAUGACAGAAAGUCUUUCGUGAAACUUUGUCAUGAGUUUACUACGACGGUGGUCAGAAAGAUUCCUAAAUAAUCAUAAUUAUAAACACUGAUAUCAUAAUUUCAAAGUGAUGUUGUCACGAUGACUAUCUUCAUGGAACUAGUCUAGAUUGUGCCUUUUUUUUUUAACAGCAAAAGAAUAUUAAUGUUGUGAGUUCUACCUUUAAAAAACUUCAUAUAUGCAUGACCUGUAGCUUUGUAGUACCAUGGGGAAACUUAUCAGAGAUACAUCAUCACGCAACGACACCGAAUCCUCGCACCGAUCUCAGGACACUUCUUCCAGGGAAACGGAUUUUGAAGGAUGGUCCAACACAUUUCUCGGGGUGUUGGAAGACGUAGCGUUCAACCCUCAUGCGAAUGCGAGCGAUGAGGUGGUUGGCAACAUCUACGAAGGUGCAGAAAUAUCCCUGGGGGGAGGAGGAGGAGGAGGAGGAGGAGACCUGGGGACCCACGGAUGGCCAAUGGGUCCUCCUUCAUCCUACCCGGUCUACCCGCCUCCCUUCAACGCCACCACGCGAGUCAACGAUACGAUCAUUAUGUCCAGUGCUCCAGACGUGCUGGGCCCCGCUUACCACAAGCAGCUCAGGAAGGAAUUCUCGGCAUAAUGUUCGUCGUUGCUUUAAUUGGCAACACUUUCGUCAUGGGGAAACUGCGCCAAAAAUGGGCUAAGCGAGGACGCAUGACUAUCAUGAGCUUCAAUUUAACCUUGGCGGACCUACUGGUGGUUCUCAUUACCAUACUUGGUCAACUUAUGUGGGAACUACUGGACAAGCAGUGGUACUUAUCCAACGGAGCUUGCAAACUGUAUAAAGUGGCUUCGACCUUCGCCAUUACCUCCAGCAACUACAUGUUGGUGGCCAUUGCUAUAGACCGACACGAGGCUGUGGUGCGCCCUCUUAACCCUUUCAUUAGUGCCAAGAACCUCGCUCUGGCUGCCUGGGCUGUCAGCCUGCUGCCGUCGCUUCCAAACUUCUUCGUGUUCUUCAGAUACGAGCAUCCUGUGAAGGGGGAGUUUUGUGUAUCAAAAUUCUACACCGAUGACCUCGACCUGAACUUUCGGAAGGUGUACCUGAUGAUGGUCCUGGUGUUGGUGUUCAUUUCCUGCCAAGUGUUUGUACUCAUAUUUUACCUCAGGAUUUAUUUCACCAUCUGGAGGAAGUCUUCCUACUUCAAGAGAGGUCAGAGUGACAGUCGUCGCACAAACAGUAUACUGCCUAAAGCCAAAACGAAGACUCUAAACAUGACGAUCACCAUAGUAGCUGCCUUUUAUAUUACCAACACUCCUUACGUCAUACAGGAGUUGGUUAUGGCUUUCGGUGACGUAAACAGCUUCAACCCGGAGACCGUGGCGCUCUUUGGAAUCAUUUCUGCUUCGAACUCCUGCGUCAACCCCUUCAUCUACCUGUUCUUCAGCCCAAAGAGCGAAACGAGGUCACCGGAGAGCUACAGGGUGACCUUUUCCAGGCGAGGUAACACCCUCAACGGACAACAGAAUGACAGUUCCUCCACCAGGGUAUCGCUGACCUCCACUCACUCUCACAAGACCAGGAGAUGAAACAUCACUCGAGGUCCUUCCUCAAAGCACUCCAAUCAAAGGAUAUAGACUUUUUCUCCUUCCUCAAAACAUGCCAAUCAAAGGAUAAGUCUUUUAGUCUUUUUCUCCUUCCUCAAAACAUUCCAAUCAAAGGAUAUAGACUUUUUCUCCCUCCUCAAAACAUGCCAAUCAGAAAAUACAGCAUAAUCAGAAGUGGCACAUCCACGUGUUCAAUCUCCCUAAAACUCUUCAAAGAGGGAGUGCUCUCAUAUGGUGGAAAUAUGUAAAUAAAUAGUAUCAUUACAGAUUAAUUAGUGUCAUGUUCAUAGAUACUCGCUUUAUGACUGUCGUGAGCAGUAAAGUGGUGUUCUAUUUGUACUUAAAGGUAGCUCUAAUAAGAGGAAAUUAUACCAUGCCAGUCAAAUAGAAAAUCAAAAUGGUAUCCCAAUUACUCGAAUGGGUCAAUACUGAUAAGUGUCAGCUUAAAUUAUGGAAUAAUAAAACAAGCAAUCUUCUGUACAUUCCAAUCUUCGUUUUGACCGAUUAACCACCCCAGAGGAAAUAAGAUAUCAGCAAAAGUGUACCUGGUACUUGCAAAAUUAAGUACGGAAUGAAAUGUAUAAUUGACUCUCUAAGAAAAAAAAAGUGGUUUUCUCAUUAAUAAACAUUUGAAAAGUCAGCUGAACUAGGCUUGAACUGAAGAAUCGUUUGAAUGAAAGUUGUGAGUCUAGAUGGGCAUUAAAAUUCAGUACCUGAACUCAUUUUCAUCAUCUCUUCCAUAAGCAACACAUCUCGACUGUGAGUAUGCGACUGCAUAUCCAAAAAAAUAACCGACUAUUCUUUUAUCAUUUCUGUGAGAUAGAAGAAGUUUUCCUUACUGUCGUCCGAGUGAGAAGGAACAUGAAGGUGACUGAAGAACGCCAGAAUCAAAAUGUUCUAAUCGAGCAGACUUUGUAAAUACCACAUCAAAGAGAAAAAGACUCCCAGUAAAAUAUUAAACUUCUGCAGAUGACAGUUGUUUGCAUUAACGUAUUUUUCGGUAACUACUGUGCGUAGUAUUAGCUGAGUGUUAUACAUUUUAAUUGUCUGAGCCCCAACAUGUAUAUUUGUAAUAUGAACAUACAAGUGUGGUUGUAUACUAAAUAUAGUAUAUAUAGAAUAUAUCUAAAUAUACAUAGUUUGUAUAAAAUUGUGCUUUAAAAUCGCACUAUCUUCAGUGUUACCCUGUCCUUCAUUCAAACGCAACAGCUACAAGUGCGUCGAUCACCGCAUAUGAAUAUCGAAAGAAACGUAAUGUGAAAUUAUGUUAUUAAGAUGAGACCGAGCGCAGAGCAAUUUUGCCCUCCGUCGUUCAACCGUCUGCAACGGUCUCUGCAUUCGAGAAACUUGUAGUAUGCGGUUGAUUUGAGAAGUGAUUUUGAUACUAGUUUCAUCCUAACCCGACCUUCACUUCUUCCUAUUUCGAUAUAAUGUAGUGGCGUUAGCAAUCUGCGAAAUGAAGAGGAGGUAUAUCAAAGGAUUACGAAUGUCUAAUCAGUCUUUGCUAUGUCUCUUUAAAGGUACAAAUAUUUAGAGAACAAUUAACUUCAAGUAGUUCCUUGAAGGAUACUGUUCAAGGAAAGUGUAUCAUUUACGAAAAAUUCGUUCUCUCUCUACAAAGGGCUUUAAUAGUCUAAUGUAAAAGAUAGAUCAACAGACGCUAUUGACCGAAUGUCGUUUGUUGAUCACUCACUGAUCAUUUAUAGAUUACAGCUUUACGUUGUGCGAUUUUGUGUUACAAAGAUGAGUGCAAUAUGUUGUGAUAUUUCUUGUGUUAGACGUGUUAUUUUGUGCAUGUUCAAUAAAUAAAUAUUUAACUUUCCCACUGUCUUAGGUAUGGCAUUGGUUUCAUUACCUUUAAAUCCUGUCAUCUUACCAACUUUGACUGUGUUAUCUGUAUGAUCAUGUAUGCAUCCUACUUUAGGACGAUUCAAGCAACGAGCAAAUAAUCAAAACGAAGCUUCAUCCAAUAAUUCUUAAAUCCUUCUCUUGAAACUUUGCAUUUCAAAAACAGCAACUUUCACCGACAGAAGUGUUGCUUGUUUCCAUCCAUUUUCAAUGACCAAUCCAAAGAAACAAGUUUUAAGCUUCCAUAAAACAUUUCAUUCCUUUUGUAGCAAUUCAACAGUAGAAUUAGAAUCGAUUAUCUCGUGUUCUAUAAAACAAAAAAGAUGGAAAGAUUAUUAUUAUUAUUAUGGCCAUCGCUAUUUCUACUUACGCGUAUUAUAUGUAGCUGCUGCAGCUGCCCCCAUAAUUUCUUAAGAUAGAUUUAUUCAAUAAUAAAAAUGGAUCGCAUCUCAAGCAAUUUCAAAUAAACAAUUAUAAACAUAAGUUUCUAGGGACAGUCUCCCAUUCGUCCAUUUUUAAUGUCUUAUGAGAAUAAGCUGAAAACUGGAUACCUGCCAUUCUUUUAAUCAUAAAUCGUUGAUAAUUAUCUGUCAGCAUGGAUUUAAAUGAAAGUAUUUGUAAAUGUUUAGUAAAACUUCAUUUUCCAAAACAUACUUAUGAGCAUUUACGUAACAUGCAAUUACAAGAACAUUGUCAGAUACGCAUUAAAAUCUCUUUUAAUAAAAAAUGAGAGACCUGUCUUCCUUAUGUAAUCACACUCUCGGAAAAGUAAUUUUUCACCCAGUCCGCCUUCGCUCUACCCUUUAUGACGUCAGCAAAAUAAUUACUUAAAAAAAAAGCGUAUAGGGAUGUGAGGAGUUGUAGUGAGCUACAAUGUUAGGGUUGGAGAGGAGUAACAGAAAGGAAGGAGUAGUGAUAAUUUGCUGACAAAAAAGGAAAAGGGUGUUAGUCAAGAUAACCAGAAUGUCGAUGGCCAUUUCCACCUUCGAUGGUAGGAAUACUUUUCUUGUGAUGUUUCGAUUCAAUUUCCUUUUAUCUCACCGCACGACUUAAUGAGGGCCUUCUAAUCAUGAAAUCUUACUUACAUUGUGUAACUAAACUUACGUGUAUUCUCGGCGAUAAUAUACUUUCUCACGUCAUAUAUAUUAUUGCUGUAUAGGACAAUUCAAAUCCUGCUUGAGAGCUGAAGUUCAAUUCUUUCAUUUAAUAUGU